UCUUUUGUUGCUUAAUCGUUCCGAGUUUGCGGCGCAUGAUCUUUUAGCUUAGCAGCGCAAAUAUAUAUAUAUAUAUAUAUAUAGGGAGAGAGACAUAAGGAAGAGUGCAGCUGAGAAUAGUCUGCAUACAGACACAUAUAAAGAGGAGUUGGUGAAUGUGCAAAGGCAGGAAAGCAGAAUAAUCAAUAUUAUUCUCUUUCUUUGCCCAGAGAUCAGUGAAAGGAGCACAGGAGCACAGAAAGUGCAUUUAUUGCAAAAGAGUUGGAGGGGCGAUGGCCGAGCGUAUGAUGAGCCACGGACGUUUCCCGGAGGGGCACAGCGGGCUUCACGUCCGGCGGAUGAGUCUGAACCCUUACCCCCAGCACCAGCACGCCUACAGCGGCAUGAUGAGUGAGCACCCGGCCGCUACCUCCUUGCUGCAUUACCCUGGACCCAGCAACGUGAACACCUCCAGUGGGAGCAUGAGGCAUGCACUGGUCCCUGGCAGCAGACAAGGGGGUCCGGUUGGUCAUCUGAAUAGCAUGCCCCCCAGCAUCAGGUACACAUCUAGACAGCAACAGCAGCAGCAGCAGCAACAUCACUCACAUCCUCCCCAUCCCCAGUAUAUGGGACAAGCAGUGGCUGGGAGCAGCCCUGCAGCACAGCUUGCAGCGAGCAUGCAUUUACAAAAGCUGACCAACCAAUACUACGGCCACCAGCAGCAACACUACAGCAUGACGGACCUGCAUCCUGCUAGCGCCUUGGGUCACCACCAGCAGCAGCAGCAGCAGCAACAGUACAGGGAAGUAAAACAUCACAGCUCUUCAAUGACACCGAGUCACCACAUGUCUGCAGCAAUACUGCCCCCCAAUGCCAUAGACACUGACUUCAUCGAUGAAGAGGUCCUCAUGUCCUUGGUGAUUGAACUGGGUUUGGAUCGCAUCAAGGAACUGCCUGAACUGUGGCUGGGACAGAAUGAGUUCGAUUUCAUGACUGACUUUGUUUGUAAACAGCAAACUAGUCGGGUGAGCUGCUAAAAGUGUGAACUGAAAAAUGAUUCUUGAAAGAGAAAUGCAAAAAAAAAGGACUUCCAUCUACUGAACUCAAAAGAUUUAUUCUUUGCAACGUGUGAGAGAGAGUGAAUCUGAUGUUUUAGAUUUUAAAUAUCUGUUCAUCAACUGAGUGACUUUUUUUUGUUAAAUCAUGUUGUUUGAUAACUCAUUCACUGCACAUGUAACCACUCUCUACAUGUAAUUUUCCUUUUGACGUCUUUAAUGGCCUGUUAAAUGUUCCUUACAGAAAACUUAAAUCAACCACUUAGAAAACAGUGGAGCACCCCCAGUCAGAAAAUUUGAUCACACAACUUGGUUAUUUUUUGCAAAGCAGAUUUUAUUUUGAAAGAGAAAUGUAUGGGUAUGUUUCAAAUGUAUUGAAGCAAAAUUGUUGUGGGGAGAGAGAGCAAUCUGUAUAGUUUCCUCAAAAGCUUUGUGAAGACAGCUAAUGGAAUUAUAAUCACCAUUCUUUUCUGUUUUAACCCUACCAAGAUGUGCACAACAACAGUCUUUUAAAUUUCAUUGAUAUGUGGUAUGAUAAUGUAUGUAUCAGUUUGAUUCAGUUUGUUUUAAAAUAAUUUCAGUGAAGACACCCCCAGGCACUUUGGGUACUGUAACUUAAAACCAGUGACAAUAGUCUUGACACAAAAGAUAUAACAUUCCUUCAGCCUUGACUAGAUUUUCUUGACUGUGUCCCCUUCCCUCCUCUCCCCCUCCCACACCUUCUGACUCUCAAAUGUUAGGACAUUGCAGAGUGGAAUGUGUACACAUGUGUUUGUGUGCAUGUUUGUGUCUGUGUGCGAUUAAAACAUUUCUCAAAAGGUGGUUAAAUUUUCUUUUUUAAAAAAACACCUUGUUUGCUGUUUACUUACCACUUCAAUGUCGAUUUAUCGUUUACAUGAUAUUCUGUGUUGAAGCCAUUUUUUUUGAGGGGGAGGGAAGAGAAAAAAAAUGGACAGUAUUUUUUUACGAACUUAAAUAUUGCUGCAGAAAUGUGUGUUUUCUUAAUUUAUUAUUCAAUGCUUCAAUUAUUUUGAGAAGGUUAUAAUAAAGACCCUGGAGAUUACAGUAA